AUGCUAUUGGAUAUAUUACAGGCAACACACUCCUUUGUUGAAACACACCCUUAUCAAACUUAUGUUAUCGUUACUGGUGCAUUAUUAUUUUAUUAUCUUGUAUUUCUCCCAGUUCUGUCUCCACUUUGGAAAGUUCCUGGUCCCUACCUUCACCGUAUCUCACGAAUUCCCAGUCUUCAUUAUCAACGAAAACAUUCAUGGGGCGAAAAGGUUUAUAAUCUACAUAAACAAUAUGGCAAUAUUGUCAUAUUAUCGCCAAAUGAAAUCAGCGUUAAUGGCUCGGACAAGUUUGUCAAUGACAUUUACUUGCGGAAUUUUCCCAAAUCGAGAUUUUAUGCAAACUAUACCAAUCAUGGUGACAAGGACAAUAUCUUUGCUACAUUGACAAAUGAUAAACAUUUAAAAUACAAAAAGAUGAUUGUUAAGUUGUAUAGCAAGAGCAAUGUGAUGGCAAGAGAAGGACCUUUGAAACGUAUUAUUGCCGAAACCACACAGAGACUUAUUGACGUAGUGAGGAAGAGUUCAGUGACUGGUGAAACUCCAGAUUUUUUGUCCAUAAGGCCAGAGUUUAAUCCGCAUGCAAAAGGGUUUACAUCGCCGAAUUGGUUCAACAAACUGAAAAGGACGCAAAAUUUGGGUAUAGAAGUUUACACGUUGUUUGGAUGUGUUGCAAUGGAUGUAGUUUCAAGGUUCGAGUUGGGUGAAGAGAAUGGACUGGACUUGUUGUUGCAUCCCGAAGAAAGGUCCAUCGUUGCUAAGCACAGGCAAGUUGCUGGAAUGGGGUUCUGGACUACGCUUAUGCCGCAGUUCUGGGAGAUUGCAGCUAGUAAAUUAGUAAUGAAUGCAUUAAAAGAUAUCACAAAGUUCCAAUUGAGCUUGUAUGCCGAUGCAGAAGCACGUCUGGAAAAGGAGGAUCAGCCAGAAAUGAAUGAAAACAAAAGAGAUAACCAACAAGAAAAAGAGUUUGAGGAACUUAAAGGAAGAAGAGAAAGAAAAAGAAGUAACCCUACGACUUUAGAAGCAUUGAAAAAACAUGGAUUUUUCGGUAAUGAAGCAUAUUCUUUCUUGACGGAUAACUUGUUUGCUGGCCAUGAGACGACGGCCACGAUGUUGUGUUACUUUACGUAUGAGUUAUCGCGUCCAGCUCAUUUGCAUAUACAAUCACGUCUCAAAGAGGAGUUGGUCAAUACAUUUGGCAAACCCAAAGGGCCAACCGAUAUUAUCGAGGACCUCGAGAAAGUUGAUAGCUUACCAUUUCUUGAUGCAGUGUUUACAGAAAAUACGAGGGUUCAUGCCUCUAUUCCAGGAGCUGAACCCAGAGUUGUUGACAAAAAGCCAUAUAUGGUGGACGAUAUAAGUAUACCGCCUGGCACGAUUAUUUCGUGCUUGCCAUUUGCCUUGCAUAGAGAGGCGUCUGUGUUUUUUGAUCCAAACAAGUUUUUACCAGAAAGAUGGCUUCCACACUAUGGUGAGCUGGAAAUUGAGUUUAAAACGCGUAUUCGUCAGCAGCAUAAAUUCAUGAUGCCAUUUGGUAAAGGUAUCCGUAUGUGUUUAGGAAUGAAUGUCGCUGUGAUUGAAAUGAAGAUGGUGAUUGCCAACUUGUAUUGGCAUUUUGCAUCCAGAAUCGAUUCCGAUUGGUGUGAGGAGAUAUUGCAAGAUGACGAGCCUAUCAAGUUGGGCAAGAGACAUAAAGGAGAGAACAAGACCGAUCAGGAGAUGAUGUGUAUGAAUGAUUACUACACCAUUACUCCCGUCAAUGAGGAAUGCUGGCUCAGAUGGUUUGAACAAUAA